GCCGGCCGCCAGGCCCCCCGCCGCCUUGGUGGAUCGCAGUUCAUUUCGCUCUCUUCCUCCCCCUUGGGGUCCCGACGCCCGAGGGCCGGCCCCGCCACUGGGGCCCGAGACUCCGCCGCGGGAAACGGCCCUCAUUUUGUUCUUGCCCGCAGGCCCUUCCCGCGCCCUCCGCUUGCGGCGUUUAAUGGAUGGGGGUUUCUGAGUAUUUCCUCUCCCUUUUUCUCGCCUUCUGACUGCAAGGCCGGACGCGAGACUCCGCGCCUCUGCCCUCCCGGUGUCUCCCUCGCACCCGCGCGGACACAGAUCCACCUGCCUCCCCGCGGGGCAUGGCCCGCUGCUGGGACACCGCGGCCUGAGACUGCCCGCCCCGGCGCCCAGGCCACGCUCCGCCGCCCUCGACCCUCCGCGCCCACAUUCUGAGCUCUCUGCAAGGAGAGGAGCCGCCGGGGAAGAUGUGGCUGAAGCUGUUUUUCUUGCUCCUCUAUUUUCUGGUCCUCUUCGUCCUGGCCAGGUUUUUCGAGGCCAUUGUGUGGUAUGAAACUGGCAUCUUUGCCACGCAGCUCGUGGAUCCCGUGGCGCUGAGCUUCAAGAAGCUGAAGACCAUUCUGGAGUGCCGGGGCCUGGGCUACUCGGGGCUGCCAGAGAAGAAGGAUGUCCGGGAGCUGGUGGAGAAGUCAGGCGACUUGAUGGAGGGUGAACUCUAUUCUGCGCUCAAGGAGGAAGAAGCAUCUGAAUCUGUUUCUAGCACCAAUUUCAGUGGUGAAAUGCACUUCUAUGAGCUUGUAGAAGACACGAAAGAUGGCAUCUGGCUGGUUCAGGUCAUAGCAAAUGACAGAAGUCCCUUGGUGGGUAAAAUUCACUGGGAGAAAAUGGUGAAAAAGGUGUCAAGAUUUGGAAUACGCACAGGCACUUUUAACUGUUCCAGUGAUCCCAGAUACUGCAGAAGAAGAGGCUGGGUACGGUCCACACUCAUCAUGUCUGUUCCACAAACGAGUACUUCUAAAGGGAAAGUCAUGCUUAAAGAAUACAGUGGGCGCAAGAUUGAAGUAGAGCACAUUUUUAAAUGGAUAACUGCUCAUGCAGCUUCUCGGAUCAAAACCAUUUAUAAUGCUGAACAUUUGAAAGAAGAGUGGAAUAGAAGUGAUCAGUAUUGGGUGAAAAUAUACCUAUUUGCUAACCUUGACCAACCCCCAGCCUUCUUCUCUGCACUAAGUAUAAAAUUUACUGGAAGAGUUGAGUUUAUUUUUGUUAAUGUAGAAAAUUGGAACAACAAGAGUUAUAUGACAGAUAUUGGUGUAUAUAACAUGCCAUCAUACAUACUUAGGACUCCUGAAGGAAUUUACAGAUAUGGAAACCACACAGGCGAAUUUUUAUCCCUUCAGGCCAUGGAUUCAUUUUUACGCUCAUUACAACCUGAAGUAAAUGACCUGUUUGUCUUGAGCUUGGUCCUAGUUAAUCUUAUGGCUUGGAUGGCCUUAUUCAUUACACAGGGAGCCACCAUAAAGCGAUUUGUGGUUCUCAUAAGCACUUUAGGGACAUAUAAUUCUCUGUUAAUUAUUUCCUGGCUACCUGUGUUGGGCUUUUUACAGCUCCCUUACUUAGAUAGCUUUUACGAAUAUAGCUUAAAAUUGUUGAGAUAUUCCAAUACAACCACAUUGGCUUCAUGGGUCAGGGCAGACUGGAUGUUCUAUUCUUCACACCCGGCCCUGUUUCUCAGCACGUACCUUGGACAUGGCUUACUAAUUGAUUACUUUGAGAAGAAAAGAAGACGCAACAACAACAACGAUGAAGUCAAUGCCAAUAACUUAGAAUGGUUAUCAAGUCUGUGGGACUGGUACACCAGCUACCUCUUCCACCCAAUUGCUUCUUUUCAGAACUUUCCUGUAGAAUCGGACUGGGACGAAGACCCUGACUUAUUCUUGGAGCGGUUGGCUUUCCCUGACCUUUGGCUUCACCCUCUGAUACCAACUGAUUACAUAAAAAACUUACCAAUGUGGCGAUUUAAAUGUCUUGAAGUUCAGUCUGAAGAGGAAAUGUCGGAGGGGUCUCAAGAUACUGAAAAUGACUCAGACAGUGAGAGCACAGACACUUUUAGCAGUGAGAAGGAAAUAUUUGAAGGUAAACAAAACAUAGUUCACAAUUCUCCAGGAAGAGCAAGUCACUGUGAUGCUGAGGCUUGUUCGUGUGCCAAUAAAUAUUGUCAGACCAACCCAUAUGAAAGGAAAGGGAGGUCAUAUGGAUCCUAUAACACUAAUGAAGAUAUGGAACCUGAUUGGUUAACUUGGCCUGCAGAUAUGCUGCACUGUACUGAAUGUGUUGUUUGCCUAGAGAAUUUUGAAAACGGAUGUUUGCUAAUGGGGUUGCCUUGCGGUCAUGUGUUCCAUCAGAAUUGCAUUGUGAUGUGGUUGGCUGGGGGCCGACACUGUUGCCCUGUUUGCCGGUGGCCUUCUUAUAAAAAAAAGCAGCCAUGUGCACAGCACCAGCCCUUGUCAAAUGAUGUCCCAUCUUAACCAUGUGCAAUUUGUCCUUUAUAAGCUUUGAGUAUCUUACAGCUUGCCUUUUUAAUGUUAGUCACAAUGUUUUUGUGGUUUGACGUUUAGUUUUAAUGUUUAGUGCAGUGGCAGG